AUGGCGGCAACCAACUGCAAAAAGCGCAGCUUCGACGAUUUCAGCGAAUCCACUGUCACCAUUCUCGUCGGCAGCGACCAAGUGCCCUUUUACGUUCAUCCUGGCAUCCUCGCCUCAAAGUCGAAAUACUUCAAAGCCAUGUUCGCCGCAGCUUGGACGGGCGCGCAGGCAAAGAUUUGCGGUCUUCCCGACGAUGAGACCGAACCAGAUACCUUCCGCCGUUAUUGCUGCUGGGUAUACAAAGACGUCGUCGAGAUGACGAUGAUCGACUCAAGCGACGCUCAAGACAAGACCGGAGGUGCACGCUUUGAGAUCCUGUUCAAGCUCUACAUCCUGGCCGACCAGCUCGGUGACAAAGUCCUCCGCAACAUGGCGGUCGACCGAAUCGCAGAGGUCGAAAAAGCGACCUCAUACCGUCCAGGACAUGAGCUGAUCAACUUGGCGUACGAGAAGACGGCUGGCAAGAAUAUGCUAUGCAAGUUCUUGGUGGACGAUGCGUUGUCCGGUACUGAGCCAGAGUGGUUCCGCACCGUCUUCGAAGAGCUGCCGCCAGCAUUUGUCCAGGAGUUGAGCAUCGGGUGGGCGAAAGCAUCAUGGGACAAGUCAGUCAACCACAAGCGACCACAGGACGUUGGAAAAUGCACAUACCACGAGCAUGGAGAGGAUGCUCCGAAGGACGAGAGCUGCACAGAGGACGAGCCGAGCAAGAACCCAGCGACUAUUCCCAAGACGCCAUCGAAGAAGCGCCGCUGA